AUGGCGCAAGCUAUCGUGGUGGGAGGUGGCUUGGCCGGUGUCUCUGCGGCCAACACCGUGCUUGAGUGUGGCGGCAAGGUGCCUUCAACACCAGGGCGCUUAGGAGUGGUGCUGGUGGACAAGAGCGCCUUUUGCGGUGGCAACAGCACCAAAGCCACCAGUGGCAUCAAUGGGGCCGAGACGCAAACACAGAAGCAGAAGAAGGACUCGGUGCAGCUCUUCACCUCGGAUACCCUGAAGGGUGGCGCCAAGAAGCCCGAACUCGUGAAGGCGAACGGAAGCGACGUUGAUUGGUUGGUGGACAAGUUCGAUCUGGACAUGUCCCUGCUGGCCCGUUUGGGCGGCCACAGCGCCCCUCGCACCCAUCGCGGCAAGGAACGCUUCCCAGGGAUGACCAUCACCUACGCCCUGAUCCAGAUGGUGGAGAAGAUCUCUGAGCGCAGUGACCUGGCCCGGAUCAUCAACAAGGCCAAGGUGAAGCAGCUCUUGACCAAGUCAGGCACCGUGUGUGGCGUCACUUACGAGAAGAAGGGCAAAGACUUCACCGAGGAAGGUCCAGUGAUUUUGGCCACGGGCGGCUUUGGCGCGGACUUCACGGACGACUCGCUGCUGGCCAAGUACCGACCGGACUUGUUGCAUUUGCCCACCACCAAUGGAGAUCAUACGACAGGUGACGGCAUCAAGAUGGGUGAAGCGAUCGGAGCUCGCAGCAUUGACUUGGAGUGGGUGCAGGUCCAUCCGACCGGUUUGGUGGAGCCCGAUGACCCCGAGGCAAAGAUCAAGUUCUUGGCCGCCGAGGCCCUGCGCGGCGUGGGCGGCUUGGUCAUCAAUGCGGAAGGACAACGCUUCUGCAACGAGCUGGGGCGCAGGGAUUACGUCACGGGGGAGAUGUGGAAGUCCAAGCCGCCCUACCGGCUGAUCCUCAACAAGGCGGCCUCCGAUGAGAUCAUUUGGCAUUGCAAGCACUACACCGGUCGCGGGGUGAUGAAGUUCUAUGCCUCGGGCGAGGACGGCAAAGCAGAGCUUUGCAAAGACAUGCAGAUCCCAGUGAGCACCUUGGAGGCCACCCACCAGCAGCAUUUCGAGGCGGCCAAGAAGCAGGAGAAGGAUCCCGAGGGUGGACCUUACCCAGCCUACCCUUCAGGCAAGACCUGGGACGAGCCCAGUGGGAAGACGGGCGUCGGCAAGAAGUUCUUCCACAACAUUAUCGAUGGCUCCAAGGUGAAGGCCGAGCCCUUCUACUCGGCCAUCAUCACCCCAGUGAUUCACUACUGCAUGGGCGGCCUCGAGAUCGACGCGAACUCCGCCGUGGUGGACACAUCGGGCAAAGCCAUCCCGGGGCUCUACGCUGCUGGCGAAGUGGCGGGCGGCGUCCAUGGGAACAACCGCCUUGGUGGCAACUCCUUGUUGGAUUGCGUGGUGUUUGGGCGUGUGGCCGGCAAGCACUGCGCAAAGUACAUGUUGGGCGACAAGUUCAAGAGCAUGGAUCUCAAGGAGCUUUCAGGAGGUGGCUUGGCAGCCGAUAAGGCUCCUGCUGCCAAGCUGUGA